GAAUUAGAACGUUUACACAGUGAAUCGCUCAACGGACAAGGCGUAUUAAGUUUAACACCACCUGAAGAUUCAUUUAAUAUUAAUGGAAUUAAAUCUGAAGGGAAUCAAGAGAGUUCUGAGGAUACUCAGAGUGGUGAAGCAUCACUGCAGGACAAUAACGGACAACAAACUGGUGGUGAUUUAUCGCGUCUUCAAUCACUUUUAAACGAAAAACAGACACAAUUAGAACGUUUGUCCUCGAUGCAUAAUUCCGAAAUACGCGAAUUGCGCAAGAAAGUAUCUGAUUUAGAAAAAUCAAAACAACGAGAAAUCAACAUGUUGAAUAAAGAUGUAGCUGAAUUAGAAUCUUUAAUUGAAAGUAAAAUAUUUCGAGAAGCGGAUUUGGAGGAAGAAAUUCAACGUGAACAAAGAAAUUCCAAACGAUUAAAAGAUGAAAUUGAGGAAUUACGAGAGCAAAUAAACGAAAUUAAGAGUUCAAAUGGCGCAACAAAUGUACUAGAAGCUACACUUGUCGGCGAUGGUAUAAUUUCUAAUAAUAAUUCUGUUAAACCGAUCGAAAAGUUAAAGGAAAACGGAACUUCAGGCUUAUACUGUGAGAUUUGUGAACAAGAAGGUCACGAUAUAAUCAGUUGCAAAGCAGUAUUUGGCUCGAAUUCGGCAAAUAUAACAGAAGAUAAAGCAGCCAGUAAUGGUAUACAUAAUGAAAGCAUUACCGAAGAAAAACCGUAUUGUGAUAACUGUGAAGAAUUUGGACUUCAUUGGACAGAAGAAUGCCCAAAUCAAGAUGAGACAUUUUAGAUUGUUUCAGUUUGCAAG